GUCAGCUGGGACCCAGCUCAGUGUGGCAUGGACAACAUAUCCCUUCCAAAAGAGAAGUUUUGGCUUCCAGAUAUUGUCAUCAAUGAGUUCAUGGAGGAAAACAAAGCCCCGUCCGUUCCCUACUUACACCUGCACAGCGACGGUAGGGUGCACGAGGCGCUCCCCGUCAGAGUCGUGAGCUCCUGUAACCUCGACAUCUACAGCUUCCCCUUCGAUAUACAGAACUGCUCUCUGACUUUCAACUCUUACAUGUACUAUGCUAUGGAAAUAAAGAUUUUUCCAGGGCGAGACCAAGAAAUAAUCACGGAGCUCUCCAAGAAUGUGAUGACCACCAGGGGAGAAUGGGAGCUGCUGGAUAUCUCUGCCCACAAACUAGUGAAUAAUGAUGAGUCGGGCCUUUACAUUGACAUGGUUGCCUUUUAUAUCCGAGUGCGGCGCCGCUCCACCAUGUACGUGGUGACCCUGCUGCUCCCCAGCUGCUUCCUCAUCACGGUGGACCUCUUCAGCUUCCUCCUGCCUCCUCAGAGGACAGACAGAGCCUCCUUCAAGAUGACCCUCAUCCUCGGCUACACGGUGUUCCUGCUCAUCAUGAAUGACCUGCUGCCUAUCACCGGAAACACCAUACCCCUAAUAAACGUGUUCUUUUCUCUCUGCCUGGUCCUGAUGGUGACUAGUCUGCUGGAGACCAUCUUCAUCACCAACCUCUUAAGCAACUCUUCCGACUUCUCUCCCGUCCCUCAAUGGAUACGGACGCUAUUUCUAAAUUUUCUUGGCUGUCUUGUAUGCAUGCCCCAAAGGAAAAGGAGAUCAAAUGGUUCAGAUCCAGAGAAAACUAACAACUGCGAUGUGAAGCCUCCCACAAUGGGAGUUUCAGUGGUGGAGGACAAGGCGCUCCAGGAGCUGAUUAGCCUGAGCCACGUCCUGCAGGCCAUCCGCUCUGAGGUGGAGCAGCAGCAGCAGAAGGGGAACCAGAGCUCAGGGGAAUGGAUGCAGGUGGGUUUCAUCAUUGACCGCCUGCUAUUUGGCCUCUACAUCGUCUUCAUAUCAGUCAGCUUCAUCACCAUCAUUAUCGUCUGGGUGAAUUCCUCCAAUCAGUAGACUGCUGCAUGUUUGACAGGUCUACUUUUAUUGUUUAGUUAAUGCAUUGAAAGACUUUGAAUACAUUUAUAGUAGCAAUGACUUUUCCACAAUAGUUAUAGUUAUAGUAAAGUAACUCUGUUCUUUUUAUCUUUCGUGAUAUAGCCUAUUGCACUUUGAAAUGUUAAAAAAUGUUCUGCAUAGAAUAAAUUACAUGGAAAAUGUUGCAGUCUCUAUGUUCCUCUGUUUCAGUACAACCCAUUUUACUUAAUCAUAUAUUGAUUUCUAGGAAAUUUAGCAUCCCUCAUACCAGACAUUUGUUGACAUAUUUUUAAGUUAUCAAUGGUUCCCUAAAGGAAAUGUAAAUCUGAUCCCAACAAUUGCAAUUUUAUGAAAAGCCUUUAAUUUGUCACAAUGAUGGUUGGUGAUUAGUGAAGACAACUGCUUUGCUUCCAUUACUCUUUAAUAUUAAACCCAGAUAUUUUCAGAAAUUAUAUGUUUUGGCACAGAUGAGGUUUAGAACACCUGCCUGUUUCUGUCUCUUUUGAUCUCAAACAUAGCACUGAAUACUGGCUGCUGCUUUAAGAUUUAGUAGGAACAUGUACACUUUCAGCCUAUUUAAAUCUACCCGAAACCUUCAUCUGUAUCUAUUGCACAUAUAUAUUUGGAGAAAAUCUUUAUCUUGAUGUUAGAAGCCUAAAACUGAACAUUCCAAGGGUUUGAUUGCAAAUACUUUUUUUAACCUGUAAAAAGUGUUGAAAUCCAUUUUGUUUCACUUCACAUGUAUGAAUUUCUUUGUUUAGCAAUGCCACGCAAAACCACAAUAAACCAUAUUGAAGCUUGUGAAA